AUGUGGACUUGUUUGGGAGAUUUGUCCUCAGAAGUUUUGGUUCGAAUUAUUUUGUUUGCCACAGUACAAACGUGAACAACAAAUAUAAUUAUCAAAAACACUAUAACUUAAUGUAAUAUUGUUUGAUUGAACAUAAAUAUAAAUUGUCGUAAAGCAAAAAACAGUAACAGAUCCUAUCCUAAUUAUGUACUAACCAAAAACUUUUCGACGCGAUAGAGCAGCGAAAAUACGUGUUAUUCAUAUAAAUAUUCCUGUCAAAUUAGCUUUUGAAUUAAGAACGCAAUGACAAAUUGCAAAAUUGCUUUUUAUAAGUUUGUCAGAAUUAACUUGAUUGAAAUGCACACUCUUCACAUGCGCCAUAUUAAUAGUCAGUUCCGGUGACCUUGAGAUGCAUAAUUAAUUUUUUCAUAACGUCACAGACAAGGUAGCGAUCUCAUGCGUCCAGCCGGCAAUUCGGGGAGUGUUUCCCCGGAGCCGGCUGGAAAUCGAGCCUAAGGACAAAGUACCUCACACUGAGGAGAAAGUACCCCAAACUGAGUACAAGGUUCCUCACUCCGAGGACAAGGUUCCUCACGGUGAGGACAAGGUACCUCACACUUAGGACAAGGUACCUCACACUGAGGACAAGGUUUCUCACGCUGAGGACAAGGUACCUCAAGAUGAGGACAAAGUUCCUCACACUGAGGACAAGGUACCUCACACUGAGGACAAGGUUCCUCACUCUGAGGACAAGGUUCGUCACGCUGAGGACAAGGUCCUUCACGCUGAGAACAAAGUUCCUCACGUUGAGGACAAGAUCCCUCACGCUGACGACAAGUGUCCUCAAGCUGAGGACAAAGUUCCUCACACUGAGGACAAGGUACCUCACACCGAGGACAAGGUUCCUCACUCUGAGGACAAGGUUCCUGACGGUGAGGACAAGGUUGCUCACGCGGAGGACAAGGUUCCUCACGCAGAGGACAAGUUUUCUCACGCAGAGGACAAGGUUCCUCACACAGAGGAGAAGGUACCUCACACUGUGGACAAGUUUUUCACCGUGAGGACAAGGUUCCUCACGGUAAGGACAAGGUUCCUCACGGUGAGGACAAGGUACCUCACACUGAGGACAAGGUAACUCACACUGAGGACAAUGUACCUCACACUGAGGACAAGGUUCCUGACGGCGAGGACAAGUUUCCUCACGCUGAGGACAAGGUUCUUCACGCAGAGGACAAGGUUUCUCAUUCUGAGGACAAGUGUACGUCACACUGUAGACAAGGUACGUCACGGUGAGGACAAGGUACCUCACACUGAGGACAAGGUACCUCACAGGAGGACAAGGUUCCUCACGCUGAAGACAAGGUUCCUCACGGCGAGGACAAGGUUCCUCACGCUGAGGAGAAGGUUCCUCACGCAGAGGACAAGGUUCCUCACGCAGACGAAAAGGCGCCUCACGCUGAGGAGAAGGUUCCUCCAUCUGAGGACAAGGUACCUCACACUGAGAACAAGGUACCUCACGCUCAGGACAAGGUUCCUCACGCUGGGGACAAGCUUCCUCAUGCUGAGGAAAAGGUACCUCACACUGAGGACAAGGUACCUCACACUGACGACAAGGCUCCUCAUGCUGAGGACAAGGUUCAUGACGGCGAGGACAAGGUUCAUGACGGCGAGGACAAGGUUCCUCACGCUGAGGAUAAGGUUCCUCACGCUGAGGACAAGGUACCUCACACUGAGGACAAGGUACCUCACACUGAGGACAAGGUACCUCACACUGAGGAAAGGCUUCCUCAAGUCGAGGACAAGGUACCUCACACCGAGGACAAUGUUCCUCAAGCUGAGGACAAGGUACCUCACACUGAGGCAAGGCUCCUCACGCUGAGUACAAGGUACCUCACGCUGAAAACAAGGUACCUCACACUGAGGAUAAGGUAAGCCACGGCGAGGACAAGGUUCCUCACGCUGAGGACAAGGUUCCUGAAGUUGAGGAAAAGGUACGUCACACUGAGGACAAGGUACCUCACACUGAGGACAAGGUUCCACACGCUGAGGACAAGGUUCGUAAAGUUGAGGACAAGGUUCCUCACGCAGAGUACAAGGUACCUCACACUGAGGACAAGGUACGUCACGCAGGGGACAAGGUUCCUUACGCUGAGGACAAGGUUCCUCAAGCUGAGGACAAGGUUCCUCACGCUGAAUACAAGGUACCUCACACUGAGGACAAGGUACGUCACACUGAGGACAAGGUUCCUCACGCUGAGGACAAGGUUCGUCACGCUGAGGACAAGGUUCGUCGAGCUGAGGACAAGGUACCUCACACUGAGGACAGUGUACCUCACACUGAGGGCAAGGUUCCUCACGCUGAGGACAAGGUACCUCACACUGAGGACAAGGUUCCUCAAGCUGAGAAAAAGGUACCUCACACUGAGGACAAGGUACCUCCCACUGAGGACAGGGCUCCUCACGCCCAGGACAAGGUUCGUCACGCUGAGGACAAGGUUCCUCACGCUGAGAACAAGGUCCUGACGCUGAGAACAAGGUUCCUCAAGCUGAGGACAAGGUUCCUCACAAUGAGGACAAGGUACCUCACACUGAGGACAAGGUACGUCACACUGUGGACAAGGUUGCUCGCGGUGAGGAUAAGGUACCUCACACUGAGGACAAGGUACGUCACACUGACGACAAGGUACCUCACACUUAGGACAAGGUACCUCACACUGAGGACAAGGGUCCUCAUGCUGACGACAAGGUUCCUCAAGCUGUGGACCAGGUUCCUCACGCUGAGUACAAGGUACCUCACACUGAGGUCUAGGUACGUCACACUGAGGACAAGGUUCCUCACGGUGAGGACAAGGUACUGCACAACGAGGACAAGGUUCCUCAAGCUAAGAAAAAGGUACCUCACACUGAGGACAACGUACCUCCCACUGAAGACAGGGAUCCUCACGCCCAGGACAAGGUUCCUCACGCUGACGACAAGGUUCCUCAAGCUGAGGACAAGGUCCUGACGCUGAGAACAAGGUUCCUCAAGCUGAGGACAAGGUUCCUCACAAUGAGGACAAGGUACCUCACACUGAGGACAAGCUACGUCACACUGUGGACAAGGUUGCUCACGGUGAGGAUAAGGUACCUCACACAUAGGACAAGGUACGUCACACUGACGACAAGGUACCUCACACUUAGGACAAGGUACCUCACACUGAGGGCAAGGGUCCUCAUGCUGACGACAAGGUUCCUCAAGCUGUGGACCAGGUUCCUCACGCUGAGUACAAGGUACCUCACACUGAGGACUAGCUACGUCACACUGAGGACAAGGUUCCUCACGGUGAGGACAAGGUACCGCACAACGCGGACAAGGUUCCUCAAGCUGAGAAAAAGGUACCUCACACUGAGGACAACGUACCUCCCACUGAGGACAGGGAUCCUCACGCCCAGGACAAAGUUCCUCACGCUGACGACAAGGUUCCUCACGCUGAGGACAAGGUCCUGAUGCUGAGAACAAGGUUCCUCAAGCUGAGGACAAGGUUCCUCACAAUGAGGACAAGGUACCUCACACUGAGGACAAGCUACGUCACACUGUGGACAAGGUUGCUCACGGUGAGGAUAAGGUACCUCACACUGAGGACAAGGUACGUCACACUGACGACAAGGUACCUCACACUUAGGACAAGGUACCUCACACUGAGGACAAGGGUCCUCAUGCUGACGACAAGGUUCCUCAAGCUGUGUACAAGGUUCCCCACGCUGAGUACAAGGUACCUCACACUGAGGACUAGGUACGUCACACUGAGGACAAGGUUCCUCACGGUGAGGACAAGGUACCGCACAACGAGGACAAGGUUCCUCAAGCUGAGAAAAAGGUACCUCACACUGAGGACAACGUACCUCCCACUGAGGACAGGGAUCCUCACGCCCAGUAAUAGGUUCCUCACGCUGACGACAAGGUUCCUCACGCUGAGGACAAGGUCCUGACGUUGAGAACAAGGUUCCUCAAGCUGAGGACAAGGUUCCUCACGAUGAGGACAAGGUACCUCACACUGAGGGCAAGGUAUUGCACACUGAGGACAAGAUUCCUGACGCUGAGGACAAGGUUCCUCAAGAUGAGGACAAAGUACCUCACACUGAGGAGAAGGUGAGGACAAGGUACCUCACACUCAGGACAAGGUUUCUGACGCUGAGGACAAGGUUACUCACGCUGAGGACAAGGUUCCUCACGCUGAGGACAAGGUACCUCACGUUGAGGACAAGGUUCCUCACGCUGAGGACAAGGUACCUCACACGGAGGGCAAGGUAUUUCACACUGAGGACAAGGUUCCUGACGCUGAGGACAAGGUUCCUCAAGCUGAGGACAAGGUACCUCACACUGAGGACAAGGUUCCUCACGCUGAGGACAAGGUUCCUCACGCUGAGUACUGGGUACCUCACACUGUGGACAAGGUACGUCACACUUAGGACAAGGUUGCUCACGCUGAGCACAAGGUUAAUCGAGCAGAGGACAAGGUACCUCACACUGAGGACAGGGUACCUCACACUGAGGACAAGGUUCCUCACGCUGAGGACAAGGUACCUCACACUCAGGACAAGGUUCUCACUCUGAGGACAAAGUUCCUUACGCUGAGGACAAGGUUCCUCAAGCUGAAGACCAAGUACCUCACACUGACGACAAGGUACAUCACACUGACAACAAUGUUCUUCACGCAGAGGACAAGGUUCCUCACGGUGAGGACAAGGUUUCUCACGCUGACGACAAGGUUCGUCACGCCGAGGACCAGGAUCCUCACGCCGAGGACCAGGAUCCUCACGUUGAGAACAAGUUACCUCACACUGAGGACAAGGUUCCUCACGCUGGCGACAAUGUUCCUCACCCUGAGCACAAGAUUCAUCACGCUGAGGACAAGGUUCGUCACGCUGAGGACAAGGUUCCUCACGUAGAGGACAAGGUGCCUCACGCUGAGGACAAGGUACGUCACACUAAGGACAAGGUUCUUCAAGCUGAGGACAAGGUUUCUCACGAUGAUGACAAGGUACCUCACAGUGAGGACAAGGCUCCUCACGCUGAGGACAAGGUUGCCCCCGCUGUGGACAAGCUUCCUCACGCUGAGAACAAUGUCCUCACGCAGAGGACAAGGUCCCUCAAGUUGAGAAAAAGGUUCCUCACGCUGAGGACAAGGUUCCUGACGGUGAGGACAAG